CCUGUGCCGCGGGGCGGAGCUUCGAGGUCUCCAUGCUAACAGCUUCCACCUGUUAACUGGCGGGUUGUUAGUAGGAGCGAUGGAUUCCGAAAGCCUGCUGCUCUCCUUGGAGCUGGCAUCGGGCAGCGGGCAAGGUUUAAGCCCCGACCGUCGGGCCUCACUGCUCACCUCCCUGCUUUUAGUUAAGCGCGACUACCGCUACGAGCGGGUGCUGUUCUGGGGCCGGAUCCUCGGCCUGGUCGCUGACUACUACAUCGCGCAGGGCUUGGGCGAGGACCAGCUCGGGGAGCGCAAAAGCCUGUACAGUUUGAACUGCAUGGAAUGGAGCCUCCUGCCGCCGGCAACAGAAGAGAUGUUAACCCAGACGUCUGUGGUGAAGGGUCGCUUCAUGGGGGACCCUUCGCAUGAGUACGAGCACAUUGAGAUGCAGCGGAUGACUGAAGGAGACAGAACAUAUGAAGACGAGGUGGUGAUCCAGAUCAAGGAGGAAUCUCGCCUGGUGUCAGUCAUUGACCAAAUUGACAAGGCAGUGGCAAUCAUCCCCCGUGGAGCGCUCUUCAAGACCCCCUUUGGACCUGUCCAUAUCAAUAGGACCUUUGAAGGAUUGACUCUGGCAGAUUCCAAGAAACUCAGUUCCUACUUUCAUUUUGCGGAGCCUGUGGAAUUGAAGAACAAGAGCUUGCUGGAGAAAGCUGAUUUGGACCCUUCCUUGGACUUUAUGGACUCCCUGGAACAUGAUAUCCCUAAAGGUACUAAUUAGAGUGAAAAUAGUGGACUCU